CAAUAGAAAUGCUAAAAGGAGUACCCAAAGUGUAACAAUGCUCCUUAAACAAUUGCAAAUAAAAUCACACUGAAAAGCGAAAACCCAAGACAUUAUUGGUAGUAAUGGGUAGUCAUAGAAUAGAAUCGACUUCAAUAGGAACUCAUAUGAACAAGUUGACUGGUUUUCCCGACAAAGCUAACUAGCUAAGGCUUACGAGCCUUUUCAGCUACAAAAUCUUACCCACCUCACACUCUCACACUGCUUUCACUUUCAUCCACAAACCCUAACUUCUCUCUCUGCCGCCACUCCAGUUCCCACUCCCCCACUUCUCUACCUCCCUACCUUUUUCUGUGUUGCGAUUGUUCAUGAAAAGUUUAUCUUCCAUCUUGAAUGAGUGCAAAACUGGAGCAAAGCUGGUAUUCAGGAGCCCAUUCAUAUACCAUUCAUUCAGGAAUAUUGCAUUGUCCUCCACAUCUGUUUUGGAGGAUUCAUGCCUAUUGUCUGAUGAUUUCAUUUCUUGUGAUGAUUCCAAAUUGCUGGAGGCUAAGCACAGUUCAUUUAAAGCCAGAGAAGAAUAUGGGGUUUUUUCUGGUGGAAAAGAUGCGGCUGAGGUUUGUGAAAAGGGUGUGUUGUAUUUCAAUAGUAAAAAAGCAGAGGCUCCUGAGGUGAUGGAUAUCUUUAGAAUACUUACGAAUUGCGGAUGGAACUUGACAUCCCGAAAUGGGUACAGUAUAAAACUGAAUGAGUUCAAUAUCAUAAGGAUCAUUGAUUAUCUGUUUCAAGAGAGUUCCAGUGCCAAUCUUGCUUUGUACUUUUUUAAGUGGUCAGAGAGCUUCAUUGGAUCAAAGCAUACUAUACGGUCAGUAUGUAGAAUGAUACAUGUAUUGACUUCUGGGAACAUGAAGCAUAGGACAAUGGAUCUACUGCUACGUCUUGUGAGAGAGAAUGUGGAUGAGGAAUCACCCAGUUUGUUGCUAGCAGUCCUAUAUGAAACCCAUUCUGAAAGAAAUAUUUUAGAGAGUGUAUGUAGCAUGCUUGUUAAUUGCUAUAUUAAAGAGAACAUGGUAAAUAAAGCUCUUAAGUUAACAUGUCAAAUGAAGAACCUCCUUAGUAUCUAUCCGUCAGAUAGGGUUUAUCAUGCGUUACUGCGGGGGUUGAUUGGAUCUCAGCAGUUGGAAUUGGCAUGGGAAUGGUUGGAUGAUAUCCAGAGUAGAGGAAUGGGAUUAAAUGCUUCUACAAUUAGCUUAUUCAUUCAUAAUUAUUGCAAGGAAGGUGAUCUUGAAAGCGGCUGGAAAUUGCUUUGCCAAAUGAGAAAAUAUGGGAUGAAACCUGAUGUUGUUUUGUAUACUAUUAUCAUUGAUACACUUUGCAAAAUGUCUCGUCCUAAUUUAGCCACCUCCUUGUUGUUUAAGAUGAUUCAUUUUGGUAUCUCUCCAGAUUCAGUGUUACUAAGCUCAGUUAUUGAUGGUUACUGUAAAUUGGGACAUAUGGAAGAAGCAAUUAAUAUAUUGAAGGUUUUUAAGCUUCAACACAAUAUUUUCAUGUACAAUAGCUUUAUAUCUAUGUUAUGUUUGGAUGGUGACAUUGUAAAAGCUUCUAGAAUAUUCCAUGAGAUGACUGAGUUUGGCUUGUUGCCAGAUUGUUUUAGCUACACAAGUAUAAUUGGAGGAUACUGUAAAGUAGGGGAUAUACAGAAAGGCUUUCUAUAUCUUGGGAAAAUGUUUAAAGUUGGAAUCAAACCAUCAGUUACCACAUACACGAUACUAAUUGAUGCUUGUUGCAAGUUUGGAACCAUGGAAAUGGCAGAAUGUUUGUUUUCUAAACUGGUGACAGAUGGUUUGCUACCUGAUGUUGUUGUAUAUAAUACAUUAGUGUACGGAUAUGGAAAGAAGGGACAGUUACAGAAGGUUUUUGAGCUUUUGGAUAUGAUGAAAUCUUCUAAUGUAUGUCCUGAUGUUGUAACCUAUAACACUCUCAUUCAUAGUCUUGUGAUAAGAGGUUACGUGAAUGAGGCGAAAAGUGUUUUAGAUGAGCUCAUUCAGAGGGGUUUUUCCCCAGAUGUUGUAACAUUCACCAAUUUAAUAGACGGGUUCUCAAAAAGGGGGAGCUUUGAAGAGGCCUUCCUGGUGUGGUUCUACAUGAGUGAGCACCAAGUGAAGCCUGAUGUUGUGACUUGCAGUGCUAUCCUCAGUGGAUACUGCAGGCAACACCGUAUGGAAGAAGCCAAUGCUUUAUUUCAGAAGAUGCUUGGAAUUGGAUUGAAUCCAGACCUAAGGCUGUACAACAUUCUCAUUCAUGGAUUUUGUAAUAUUGGGAACAUGGAUGAUGCAUGUAACUUGGUGUGUAGGAUGGUGCAGUGUAGUAUUCUUCCAAAUAAUGUUACUCAUAGAUCCCUAGUGCUUGGAUUUGAGAAGAAGUGGGUUAAGAAGCCUGUAGAAAGUGUAGGUUUUAUAUUGCAAGAAAUAUUGCAGAGAUAUGGUACUAAUGUUGAUAUAGAUGAGUACUUAAAGAUGAUAGAGCAACCGGGUCGCUAUAAAACUUCAUAAAUGGGGUGAAAGCUGAAACAAACAAUCCAAUGAGUCAGCAUAAUCGAGCUAGGCACCUGUGAUUCUUGGGAUCGGAAGAAAACAAACAUCUUUUUCAUAGAAAGCCAUGAAUUCUCAUGUGCUUACACCUAGAGGUCAUGCUCUAGUCUGUUAGUUGACUCUAUUUUCUUGCGAAUCCAAUACUAAUUUAGUAAGUGGGAUGGCCUAUAAGAUGUUGCUAAGGUGGUUUUGUCAUUUCACUCGCAAUAACCUUAUCCAGCUAGUGGUGCCAACCUCAUUAGGAAACUUAAAGUGAAGGCCUAGGGUGUUGAGUCAUUUUUCCAGUCAAUGACCUAGGAUGCUGAGUCAUUUCACUCAAUGAUGAUAUUAAAAGAUGCUUUCCAUUGUGAAAAUGGCGGUGGCAGGGUUGGUCAGUUAAUUGCUGUAAUAUUUGACACAUAAAUAAAAGCAUUUGUUUAUGAAUAUGAGAAGCUGCAGUUAAGUUCACCAAAUUCAAGCUAAACUUUACUUAUGUAUCCUAACAAAGGUUGAGGUGAAGAGCUACUAUUUUUAAUGUCAGGUGAUAAAAUCUGAGGAAGACUCAGAACUUUCCAUGGACAGGAGACUUAUGUGCUUCGGCAAGUACUGUAACCGUUUUCGUUACUUUUCGUUGAUACUAUUAAAAUUGUCACCAACUUUGGUUCGAAUGUGUGCAUGUAAGAUGAAUCUCCAUUGUUAGUUAUGUUUAAUUUAUUUUUCACAUUUGGAUUUACUCUCAUUGCUUAUUCUAUUGAAAUGUAAGUCCACUGAAGUUUUGUAUACACGUCGAUCAUUUUAACUUGAAACCAAAAAAAUAAAUCAUGUAACCUCU